UCGUUUCGUUUCUCAAUACUUGCGUCAUUCGCAAAACAUUUUCUCAGAAAUACCAAUUUGUCUUAUUGUACACACAUUCUAAAGUAGUCUGACGCAACGUUUCUGAUAAAUCGUAUUGACAGCCACAGAGUGCGAGACUAUAUAGGUAGCCUACCUCUCGCAGCUUCUGUUAGAACUCCUGGAAGUCUUGUGGAAUUGACGAGACAGGGCAAGUCUGCUGAAAGUUUAAACUGACAUUCAGUAGCUUUAUAUUCACCGUUGUAAUUUGGGUGUGGUGUAGCGUGGUCAACUGGUCAAGCUAAACCAUGUCCGAAACAGAGGUCGCUAGAGAUUUAGGGGCUGCCAAAAUUGGAGAUGGACCAACGACGGACAGCAAAGAGGACCAGCAAGAAGACGUUGUUGAUCCGUGGAAUGUUCACAGUUCGUCAGAUACAGGGAUUGAUUACGAUAAAUUGAUUGUUCGGUUUGGAAGUUCUAAAAUAGACAGAGAGCUGAUUGAUCGCAUGGAAGCUAUCAUUAAGCAGCCUGUGCAUCACUUCAUUCGCAGAGGUCUGUUCUUCUCACACAGAGAUAUGCACACUAUCCUCACUGCAUAUGAGAAUAAAACACCAUUUUAUCUUUACACUGGUCGUGGACCAUCAUCUGAAGCAAUGCAUCUUGGUCAUCUUAUCCCAUUCAUUUUCACAAAAUGGCUGCAGGAUGUCUUUGAUGUACCACUGGUCAUCCAGAUGACAGAUGAUGAGAAGUUCCUGUGGAAGGAUCUAUCUGUGGAUGAAACACAUCGCUUAGCAUAUGAAAAUGCAAAAGACAUAAUUGCUUGUGGCUUUGACGAGGACAAGACAUUCAUCUUUUCAGACUAUGAUUACAUUGGCUCAAGCACAGAUUUCUACAAGACCAUGUGCCGCAUCCAGAAGUGUGUCACUUUUAAUCAGGUCAAAGGCAUUUUUGGCUUUGAUGAGAGCACUAGCAUUGGCAAGAUUGCUUUUCCUGCAAUACAAGCUGCUCCAAGCUUCAGCUGUGCUUUCCCACAAAUCUUUGGUGGCCGACAGAUACCUUGUCUCAUCCCCUGUGCUAUUGAUCAGGAUCCUUAUUUUCGAAUGACUCGUGAUGUAGCACCACGUCUUGGCUUGUCAAAACCAGCACUUCUCCAUUCAAAGUUUUUUCCUGCAUUGCAAGGUGCUCGUAGCAAGAUGAGUGCUAGUGAUCCAAACUCAUCUGUCUUUUUGACAGAUACACCCAAACAGAUUAAAACAAAGAUCAACAAGUAUGCAUUCUCAGGGGGUCGUGAUACUCUAGAGGAGCAUCGUCAGCUAGGGGGUAACUGCGAUGUGGAUGUUUCUUUCCAGUAUCUCACAUUCUUUCUAGAAGACGAUGAAAAACUUGAAAAAAUACGACAGGAUUACAGCAGUGGUGAACUGCUGACUGGACAUCUGAAGCAAGAGCUGAUUGGUGUUCUCCAGAAAAUAGUAGCAGAGCAUCAAGCACGAAGAUCGCAGGUUACAGAAGAGGUUGUGAAGCGGUUCAUGAAGCCAAGGAAACUAAAAUACAACUACUGAGUCUAUUGACAGUUCUAUGUUGAUGCUUUUCUGAAACCAGCAACUGAAAGAGACAUCUCAGAAACUGAGAAAGUUACCACUUUUGGGAGUCACUUCAGAAUGUACAAUUCAGUAGUCUUUUUUGUUAAGUUUAUUCACCACUUGCCAUGUGGACAGAUUGGUUCAAAGAAAUGGUCUGUUUUUGAGCAACACUUGCUAGAGAAAAAGAUUAAAUGUUUAUGUAUAGAGUGCUUUAUUCCACCUACAAGGUGCCUACGUGAAGUUGUACGAGCACAAAAAACAGUAUGCAUAAAAUGCUUCUUACAAAUUUAUUUACCAUCCUUUGAAUCAUAACUGCUUACUCAGUCUCUCUUCUCUCAAGAAUUAAACAUUUUUUUAAAAUC